CACAAAUCAAACAAAUGUAGGUUAAAAAAGUAAGAUUUUAUAUUUUAUUCUACAAGUUGGUGACCAGUAUUGUAAUAUUUAAGUAGAUAUUAAGAAGAUAUUUAGUUUAAAUUUUUACAUAAUGGAAAAUACUAUGGAUAUACCUACAGCAGAAGGGAACCUAUUGGAGCAGCCGAAAGAAGUGAAUAUGCCGACACGCAAUCCUUUAAUCAAGAUGCGGACUUAUGUGCUAGCUCUACGACCGUGGUCACUGAGCGCCAGCCUAUUGCCGACGUUAUUAGGCGCUGCGCUGGCGUAUCGCCUGCCUGGAGAAAGUGGCUUCAGCUGGCUUACUUUGCUCUUAACGCUAUGUACAGUUGUGCCAGUACAUGGAGCUGGGAACGUUGUUAAUACAUAUUUUGACUUCGUCAAAGGAAUCGACAACCGCAAAUCUGAUGACAGAACUUUAGUAGACCACAUACUUAGUAUAGAUGAAGUUGUAUCUUUGGGUGCUAUUCUUUAUCUUGCUGGAUGUGUAUGCUUUGUGCCCCUUAUCGUACUAUCACCAGCUCGAAUGGAACAUCUAGCAUUGGUCUAUUUUGGGGGAUUGUCCUCAUCUUUUCUCUAUACAGGAGGUAUUGGAUUGAAAUAUAUAGCACUAGGUGAUAUAUUAGUUUUAGUCAUAUUUGGCCCAGUGUCUGUAGUGUUUGCAUUUUUAGUUCAGACUGGUAGAGUAGACUGGCCUAUAAUUUAUUAUGCUGUACCCUUAGCUUUAAAUACUGAAGCUAUAUUACACAGCAACAACACUAGGGACCUUGAAACUGACAGCAAAGCUGAAAUUGUUACUUUAGCAAUACUUAUCGGAAGAACAGCUUCAUAUUUAUUAUAUGCGUUUUUAUUGUUCACUCCAUACAUUGUUUUUGUAGUAGCAUCAGUUCGUUGCUCUCUGUGGUUCUUAUUACCUAUGCUUACAUUACCUAGAGCAUUUGAAAUAGAGAGGAGAUUCAGAUGUUCCGAAACAAUGAGAUGUGUUCCAAGACAAACUGCUAGGUUAAACUUUUAUUUUGGCAUGUUGUAUGUUAUCUCUUGUCUAUUCGGCAGCAAACUACCAUUCCUUCUUCGAUAGGAUAUGAUUUUAAAAGUGAAUGCAAAUUUGAAUUAAGUAUUUGAGGGCCAUGAAUCAUGAUCAUGCAUUUAGUGGGUGAAUGAUUUAUAAAUAAAUAUUUUUGUUGGGGUGAAUGAUAUAUGAAUAAAAAUUUAUGUUAGAGUGAAUGUGUACAUUAACAUUUUCAGUAAAUAAAUUUUUGGAAUAUAUUAACAUAUCACAGUGUAACAAAAUGAAGCUAUAUGUAUCAUUUUUAUGUCUGGUAAAGCAUGUGUUUGAACUAUGAUUUAACCUUCAAGAUUCAUUCAGAUGGUCUAAGCUGAUAUCUAUAUACUUUCUUACAUAUGUAAAACAGUUUUGGCAUAUAUAUAUCUCGAUGUAUGUAUAUGGGUGUUCAUUUUAAUAAGAAUAGGUUCAUAUUUAAAUUAGUUUUGUCAGUCAGCUUAUUCAGUAAAGAGAUACAGAGGCAUCUUUAGCCAUUGAAGUGCUUGCGUGCAAUCAUUAAACUAACACCUUAGUAAGAGCGGAGUCAAAAUGUCAUGGUGGCGAGUGGCGCUCGGCUUCUGUGUGUGUGCAACGCACACCCUGCAUUCUGACGAUAAAAAAAAAUCUACCUCUUGUUUAUGUUUAUUUUUAUAUAAAGUUUUUUAUUGUGGAAUAAUUGUUCUUUAAUAGUAUUAAGGGGUACUAAAUUAUUAAUUAAUUUAUAACUAAUUUAAUUGAAGGAAUCUCAUACUAAGUGUAUUGACAAUAAUUUAUUUAAAUAACAUGGAAAUACAUAGUUUAACU